AUGGAUGCAGCGAAGUCGUGUCAAUGCUUGCUCAUAGGAAUAGUCCUCGUCGUCUCCUCGAACCGUGCCACAAGUCACACAGAGAUCUCCGGAUCGAGUCUCGAGAAGCCAGAAGCGAUCUUGAGUCCCGGUUACCUCGAUUCGCGUAGCAACGAUGUGAAUCACACCGAUUUAACUCUAAAUUCCACACGUAGACGUCGAUACGUCCGUUUUCCAACUGGUCCAGCCGGUUAUUUCUUCGAAGGUGGCGGUCCUCCGAUAGGAAGGAACAUCGGUGGUGUACACCCUGGUGUUCGUUUCCCGUCUUGGAGACAGCAUAAAUCCCUCUGGAGGGGUCCUGUAUCGGAGUACAAUAGACCAGUGAUGGGCCAUCGAACUCCAAGGCUAAUCUUCCGAGACAACGACUUUCCACCCCCUGGGGGAGGCGGCGCGUCCUCUUUCUUCCAGCAAUCCAACCACUUGCCCGACUUCGAGGACGAGAUCAGAGAUCAUCGAAAGCAAACGCUCGACGAUUACCCUAAGUUAGAGUCAGAGCCGCGUCAACAAAGUAGACCGCUGUGGAAAGGUGACGAUACGUUGUGCGCUGACGGACGAAGCUGCGAAUUUUUUCUAAUGUGCUGGAUGUCCGCUGGCCUAUUGGACGGCAGUUGCGGUGGCAUCAUGUACGCUUGUUGUCAGCGGCGAGAACCGAAAGGUAGCUCUGAUUAUAACCUGAUCGAGGCACCUAGAGAUCAAUCUCAGCCACUUCCGUUGGAUACUUACACGGAGACCGCCAAUGAUGAUCGCUGCGGGAUUCCCGCCUCGAAGCAGACCGCCCAAAGGAGAAUCGUCGGUGGCGACGACGCUGGAUUCGGUAGCUUUCCAUGGCAGGCGUACAUAAGAAUAGGAUCCAGCCGAUGCGGAGGCACGCUCGUUAAUCGAUUUCACGUCGUCACUGCUGGCCACUGCGUAGCCAAGGCCUCAGCUCGUCAAGUACAGGUCACUCUAGGCGACUACGUGGUCAAUUCAGCCAGCGAAUCCUUGCCUGCGUACACGUUUGGAGUUAGGGAGAUUCGCGUUCAUCCUUACUUCAAAUUCACCCCUCAGGCUGACAGGUUCGACGUAGCUGUUCUUCGAUUAGACAGACCAGUUCAUUACAUGCCUCACAUCGCGCCGAUCUGUUUGCCCGAGAAGAACGAGGAGUUCCUGGGACAGUACGGUUGGGCUGCAGGAUGGGGCGCUUUGCAGGCUGGAUCGAGGUUGCGCCCGAAAACACUUCAAGCAGUGGAUGUUCCUGUGAUAGACAAUCGAGUCUGCGAGAGGUGGCAUCGAUCGAAUGGAAUUAACGUGGUGAUCUACGACGAGAUGAUGUGUGCUGGUUAUCGCGGAGGUGGAAAAGACUCCUGUCAGGGCGACAGUGGAGGACCGUUGAUGUUAGAGAAGACAGGAAGAUGGUAUCUGAUUGGCAUCGUUUCAGCUGGAUACUCGUGCGCUCAGCCGGGUCAGCCAGGGAUCUAUCAUCGAGUGGCUAAAACCGUGGACUGGAUAACUUACGUUAUCAACUCGUAG